GUGUGAGAGAGAGUGAGAGGAUGGAGGCUGGGCUGGAAUGGACAUUACAAAAAGUGAAAUAGUUGGACAAAGGGAGAUGACGUUGGGACACUCGGCGCAGCAGGAAGGCUCCCAUCGUCAACGAGAGAUCUCGUAUUAGUAGCUGGGGAGAAGAUCUUCUGUCCAGAUGAGAGAGUGGACUGAGUUGGAGAUGAGCUUUUCGGCAGGGGGGUUUCUCUCUGCCUCGGAUGGUUACUGCUCCACAGAGCAGCUCCAGUAUUAUGACAUGCUGGCUGACCCUCUGGGCUACCCCCUUCAGGACCCAGACCUCCAGCUUCUCCCUUACAGCCAGCAACAGUACAGCCCAGCCAACCUGUCCUUUUCCCUUUAUGCCUCUCCACCUUCCUCCACCUCUUCCUCCUCUUCCUCUUCGCAGCCCUGCCAUCCGCAGUACCACUACAGCCCUCAUUGCCCGGAGGCCCCCUGUGAUCCCGGCCCCGAGCCCCACUGCGGGGGCCUGGCUCAGGGGCUCGGAAUGGUGGGACUGCCCCUGGGGCGGAGGACACGGGUCGGGUCGGGAGGGAAGAGCAGAGGCCAGGAAGAGCUGUGUGUGGUGUGCGGAGACAAAGCGUCAGGGUAUCACUACAACGCUCUCACCUGCGAGGGAUGCAAAGGUUUCUUUAGGCGUAGUGUGACAAAAAAGGCUGUGUAUCAGUGUAAGAGUGGCGGUGGCUGUGAGAUGGACAUGUACAUGAGAAGGAAGUGCCAAGACUGUCGGCUGAGGAAGUGCCGCGCCGUGGGAAUGCUGGCUGAGUGCCUUCUGACGGAGGUGCAGUGCCAGUCCAAACGACUGAGGAAAGGAGGUAAAGGCAGAGGACAGGAAGAAGAGGAGAAAACAGAGAGCAGGAGGGUCAGCUCUACCAGCAAGCUACCUGGACAGGCUCUGUCUGCCAGUUUAACCCAAGAACAAAAGUACAUUGUGGACAGGAUGGUGGAGGCCCAUCGACUGUACAGGGCACAGGACAGCGGCCACUGCAGGUUGUUUGAGUUUCCCUGUACAGAAGAAGUGGGGGGCUUGUCUGAUGUUUUAUCACCCCACCUGCAAAGACUGCUACAGUUUGCCAGGACAGUGCCAGGUUUUGACCACCUGGAUUUUUCUGACCAGAGUUGUCUCCUGUCUGUGUCUUCACUGGAGAUCAUGUUUCUGAUCUCAGCUCAACAGUUCUCCCACAACCCAUCAAGCCCCUGUCCAGCCCUGCAAAUUUUCAGAAUGACAACACACAACUGGCUGAGAAAUGCAGAGUCAAAGGAAAACAUCUACAGUAGGACGCAGGUCAACUCAGGUGGGAGUGAGGAUCUCCUUGGGCCGGUGCUUAACUUCUUCCACAGCAUGGCAACGCUGCGGGUGACAGAUGUUGAAUACACCCUGCUCACUGCAACAGCUCUUCUCUGCUCAGCUCUGUGUCCCUGUCCCGCAGAUCGCGCGUCCCUGCAGGCUGCCGGCUGCGUUGAGAAAAUCCAGGAGCUGAUCCUUGACCUGCUGUCCAGGGUGUGUGGGGCCCAGGCUGGAGCUGCGCGAGGGGGACCUCAGAGGUUUGGGCGCUUGCUGGGCAGACUGACGGAGAUACGAACCCUCCAUCACAACUACCUUGUCCUGACGAGACAGCCGCAAGUACACUGAUGGAGUGGACACACUGAAAAUAGCAAACACCCCCACUAUCAUCUCUGGCCAGUUUCAUGUUUGAAUUGACGGACGUGAUGGUCCUGUAAGUGCUGAGAACAACGUUCACCUGAUAUU